AGCAUAGGAGUGCCCUUCAACCCCCUUCCUCUUGGGGUGUUCGGAGCCGGGAGGCGCCAUGGGCACCGUUAUGGAAGAAAGGGUGAAGAAGAUGCUGGGUGGCAACUUAAAGCCAGAGAUGAAGGCGCUCAUGCAGGACUUGGGCCCAGACUUCAAGUUUCCAGAAUGGAAGUACCGCAUGAACAAGUUGGACUCUUGCAGCAGCGAGGGAACAACACAGUUCGAGGGUGUUGGUGCCGGGGCUGGUGCCGCCGGAUAUAGCGGGCUUGGCGGCGGCGGAGCACAAUCCAGGCGAUCAGUAUCUUUGGCAGGCACAAUUCCCACGCAGUCACUGCUGCAUGAAUUAGUGGGUAUUGAUCGAAUGGACAAAGUCGCCAAACAGCUGGACAAAGGAACUGACAUCAAUGUUCAGGACUGCAUGGGUGAGACGCCAUUGUUCUGGGCGGUGACGGGAGAGGCCGUCGACUAUUUGGUUCGCGAGGGAGCAGAGAUUGAGCACCGGAACUCGUUGUGCGGCUGCUCUGCUUUCUACAAGUUUGCCAGCCAGGGCCAACACAAGACUUUGAAGGCCUUGGCCAGGCAUCUAAAGAAGGCCGGUGUAUUGGACAAGUACGUAGAUGAAGCAUCUUCCAUUACUCAGAGGAGCCCGCUGCACGCAGCGGCGCACAAUGGCUUCGUGCAUACGGUGAAAGAGCUUCUGUCGAUGGGGGCAGACAAGGACAUGCAGGACUACUUGGGCAAGACUGCCCUGGAUCUAGCCCGAAACCGUGGCUUCGAGGAGGUUGUGACGCUGCUGGAGUGAAGGCGGGUCUUCUCG